AUGGAUUCCCCUCUUUCUUCUUCACCUCCUUCUUCUUACUUUUUAAACGCACAAUCACCCACGUUGUCAGCAGAGUUUUCACAUUCUCAGCGUGCUCAUUUAUUUUCUUAUGAUGAAGAACGUUAUGUUGACAGUAAUGAUAAUCAAGACGACAAUGAAGAGGACGAUGACAACCCUAAUCAAGAGAGUGAUUUAAACGUGGAAGAUGCUGCAAGAGAGCAAGCAGCUCUUACAGCUUAUAGAACAAUGCACCCUGAAAAGGAACAACGAGAGAUUGGAGGAAGAGAGAUUGACAAUCAUGAAGCGAUUUGGAGCGUUUCUUCGUUUCGACCUCAUUGGGGAGCAGAUAAAUUGAGAGAUAAUAAUCCAUUUAGUUAUUGGCAAUCGGAUUCAUCCGAUGCUAAAAAGCAUCAUACGAUCGAUAUCGCAUUUCAUCAGGCAACACUUGUCAGUCAAGUAUCUUUAUUUAUUGACUUCUUUCAAGAUGAAACCUAUACACCCAAGACAGUGAUGGUGCGUGGAGGUAAUACAUAUAGAGACUUGCAGGAGAUAACGACAGUGGAGUGUCCGGAAUUCGUUGGUUGGGUCAAUAUAGAUUUACUAUCUGCUACAGAUGGAAUACCAUUCCGUGUAUUUAAACUACAGAUUGCUAUUCUGAAUACACACUUGAAUGGAAAGGAUACUCAUGUACGUCAAGUAAAAGUAUAUUCACUGAUACCAUCCUACCUUCAAGAUACCAGUAAUCCAAGCAGGAAAAGAAAGCCUAAUUUAGGAAUUGGCCUUCGAUAA